GCAGCACCUAACGCAUCACGCAGAUAAACGCACAUACUACUUUGGUUUUUCUGUACCUGUUUUUUUCUGGGCGUUUCACGGAAGACGCAUAUUAAUGUUGAUGUGUUGGCCGAGAAAACACAAAGUGUUGCUAGAUUGAACGUGCGUGACACGCCGGUGAGCUUUUAAUAAAACUUGUUUUACUCUCGCAUACAACGGAUCGUACACGAGAAAACGUGUAUCUUCCGUGCCGCGAUUGUACGCAGCUAUAUAUGACAUUGACGUAAGGCCUCACACACCCAAGCACCCUCACCUAUCACUAACCGCGCAACAAAACUUCUUGUAUUUUUCCUGUGCUACACUCAGUAGAGGUGCCGCUCUUUCUCUCUUUUUCUUUUCUCGUCUCCCUAUACUACGUAACAGCCAUGACGACUAUAGGUGGUGGCUCCGCGGUCGGGUCGAGUAGUGCCUUCGACCUUGACGAGAUGAUCAACUAUGUUAUCCAGUGUAAGCCCCUCAGCGAGCAGCAGGUGGCUCGUCUGUGCGAAAAGGCAAAGGAGGUACUGGAGAAGGAGAACAACGUACACGCCGUCCGCGCGCCUGUGACGGUUUGCGGCGAUGUGCACGGCCAGUUCCACGAUUUAUUGGAGCUCUUCAAGAUUGGCGGACUCCCGCCGGACACGAACUACCUGUUCAUGGGUGACUACGUAGAUCGCGGCUACUAUAGCGUAGAGACGGUGACGCUGCUGCUGCUGUACAAGCUGCGCUAUCCGCAGCGUGUGCACCUUCUGCGCGGCAACCACGAGUCACGUCAGAUUACGCAGGUGUACGGCUUCUACGAUGAGUGCAUCCGAAAGUACGGCAGCGCCAACGUGUGGACCAUCUUCACGGACCUCUUCGAUUACCUUCCGCUGACGGCGCUGGUGGAAAACGACAUCUUCUGUUUGCAUGGUGGUCUUUCCCCUACCGUCGACACGUUCAAUCACAUUCGCAACCUAGAUCGCGUGCAGGAGGUGCCACACGAGGGUCCAAUGUGCGACUUGCUGUGGUCUGACCCGGAUGAUCGCGAUGGCUGGGGCGUGAGUCCGCGAGGUGCGGGCUUCACCUUUGGCCAAGGCGUCACCGAGGGUUUUUGCCACAACAACAAGAUCAAGACGAUCGCUCGCGCACAUCAGCUCGUGAUGGACGGCUACAGUUGGACCCACCAAGACCAGCUGGUGACAAUUUUCAGCGCUCCGAACUACUGCUACCGCUGCGGCAACCUGGCUGGUCUGCUGGAGUUAGAUGAGCACAUGAACAAGUGCUUCUUCCAGUUCGACCCCGCCCCGCGCCGCGGUGAGGCGCAGGUGUCGAAGAAGACACCCGACUACUUCCUCUAA